AAGAAUCAGUGAAAAGCCCGAUUGCGCGUGCGUAUCCAGACGUGGCAACGGCAUCAUGGCUUCUUGGAACCGCUACUGGAGUGGGAUGAGAAAGCUGAAAAUGUAUAUAUUCGUCUUGUUGGUGUGCCUGGCGUCUGUGCUGCAGGCGGCGGUGAAGGUCUCUCCUCUGAUAGAGAAGGUCAGCGACCACAAGGACUUAAAGAAGCUCCUGAGGACCCGAUCUAAUGUCCUGGUGCUGUACACUAAGUCAGCUACCUCCGGGGACUCUAAGUUCAAGCUGCUGUCUGACGUGGCCCAGGUCGUCAAAGGACAGGGCACCAUCGCCUGGGUCAACUGUGGGGAUUCAGAGGGUCGUAAACUGUGUAAGAAAGUGAAGGUAGAUCCCAGCUCAAGAAGUGGUGGAGCAGAACUCCUGCAUUAUAAAGAUGGGACAUUCCAUACAGAAUACAACAGGCCUGCUACAUACAAGUCCAUGGUGGCGUUUUUAAAAGACCCCACAGGAGCCCCUCUUUGGGAGGAGAACCCAGAAGCUAAAGAUAUUGUUCAUGUAGAAACUGAAAAAGACUUCAGAAAGCUUCUGAAGAGGGAGGAGAGGCCGAUCCUCAUGAUGCUCUACGCCCCAUGGUGUGGUGUCUGUAAGAGGAUGCAGCCCGUAUUUCUACAGGCAGCUACAGAGACCAAGGGUAAAUUUGUGCUGGCUGGGAUGAACGUGCACCCAGCUGAGUUUGAUGGCCUCAAGCAGGAGUACAAUGUCAAGGGCUACCCGACCUUCUGCUACUUUGAGAAGGGGAAGUUCCGGCACCACUAUGAAAACUAUGGGGGCACAGCCAAGGACAUCACUGACUGGAUGAAGAAUCCCCAGCCCCCCCAGCCGAAGGUCCCAGAGGUCCAGUGGUCGGAGACUGACUCCCCUGUCUUUCACCUGACUGACGACUCCUUCGAUGGGUUCCUGGCUGAACACCCAUCUGUCCUGAUCAUGUUCUACGCUCCAUGGUGUGGCCAUUGUAAAAAGAUGAAGCCAGAGUAUGAGGAAGCCGCUGAAUACCUCAAAGACACAAAUAGCCCUGGGGUUCUGGCAGCCGUGGACACCACCAUUCACAAGGCGGUGGGAGACCGCUUCAAGAUCUCCGGCUUCCCCACCGUCAAGUACUUUGAGAAGGGAGAGGAUAAGUUCACUCUACCCCACCUUAGGAGCAAGGACAAGAUCAUUGAAUAUCUACAGAACCCCCAGGCGCCCCCUCCCCCAGAGCAGUCCUGGGAAGACAAGCCGUCUGGUGUCAGCCAUCUUGGAAUGGAGGACUUCAGGGAAGUUUUGAAGAAGAAGAAGCAUGCCCUCGUCAUGUUCUACGCACCAUGGUGUCCCCACUGUAAGAACGCUGUCCCUCACUUCACCACAGCAGCAGAUAUCUUUAAAGAGGACCGCAAGAUAGCCUAUGUUGCCGUGGACUGCACUAAAGGACAGAACCAGGAGCUGUGCAAGCAGGAGAGUGUGGAAGGCUACCCCACCUUCAACUACUACAACUACGGCAAGUUUUCAGAAAAAUACAACGGAGACCGAGGGGAGGCAGGAUUUAUAGGUUUCAUGCGCAGCCUGCGGGGGCGGGACCAGGGCAAGAGGAAAGAGGAGCUUUAAGGCAGGGAGUGGAGAGGGGGAGGAGCCUGUCGUUGCACUGUGACCGUGGCAGGGGCCUCUUAGCACUGACAUCACGUGAUGUCGUCAUGACGUGAAAUCACGGGGCGGAGACUUGAGAACCUCAGAGUUUCAGGGGAGAUGCUAUAUGAACACGCCGGGUACCUAAAUUGAUGACAUGUUGCGCAGCUGGGAGACCCAUGAAUUCUGUUCAAUCAGUCAUCCUGAUGAGCCUUUCCCAGCUAGCUAGUUCAUGCAGGAAACAGCAGUAUGGCGCUAGUUUUUUAAAUAUUUUUUUUACAGAAAGUGAUGUCUAAUUCGAUGGGCGAGGGAGAAAUAACUUGUAGUAUUGGUCACCAUCUGGAUGUUACCAUGACAUGCCUAUUAGCUAAUGUAAUGACAAGCCUGUGUGAAUGACCAGUGCAACGAUGUUGUCGGUGCUUCCCACUGAGCAGCAUUUGCUUCACCGGCAGCUGUAUCAGCUAAUGUAGCCAAUUUGUUCCAUCCCACUUGAGUAGGAUAGCAGCCCACAUGAGAAAUAACUUGUAAUAUUGGUAGCAGAGACUGGAACCAAAAUAAUUUAGGUCUGGACAGAUCUAUUUAUUUUUUUCAUUUUAUUCCACUGUUCCGCCCAGCAAAAGAAAGUUCUGAACUGUUUCGAACCCCCAAAAAGUAGAGGUUUAUCGUUUUUUACAUUUAGCUCAACAUUAAGUUACUUCACCAAUGGAUAAAGCAGUAUGGUGCAGGCAAGCUAUGUACAUGCUUUGGACAAAGUGUAGAGUGACAUGUGACUGAAUUUUUGCAGGUGAGGAGAGCGCUGGGCAUUUUGUUAUGACAUGCAUUAUCUGAAGUAGGCCACAGCAUCAUACCUACGGAGGAGUGGCUUCUAUGAAGGAUCUCUGAAAGUCUUUGAACUUUAGAGUUGGCUUAACUAACGUUGGACCAGAGCUAGCCCUUGAUCAUGAUUCUCAGUUCCAUUCCACAUAAUGCCGUCUAGAGUUUGAGAGCUAGACCAGACCUAGCUAACAAGCUGUGUGUGUGCAGAGCGGCACCAGAAGUCAAAUUAAAACACAUUUUUGUAGUUAAUAAAUGCCAAACAUGAUAAGAAUAAUAGUUAAGUAGCAUUGAAAAAGUGAAUCCAUUCACAUUUAAAUGUCUCUCCCUAAUUUCUGAAUCAUGCCUGUAACAUCAGUAGGCUUCAGUAAACGAUGCAUUCUUUGGAGGGAAACACUGGCAAAGAUUUUCAGCAGGCAGACACUGGAAUCACUUCUGAGUGACAGUGAGGGCUUUGCAUAGGUGCUUUGUUCAUUUAAAAAAAAUUUUUUUUAAUGGGACUGGACAAAAGUGCAUGGAGCGUAAAAUACCAUUAACCGGUUCCCAUACUUUUUUAUAACAACGGUUCUGUUACGGAACAGUACACUUCACUUUCAUUCUCAGUUCUGUUCCUCCAUGUUUUUUGUUGUCCUUUUCAGGUUUUUGGUUCUGUUCCAUGAACCGGUUCCAUCCCCUGAUUGGUAGUAGCCAUCUGGAUGUCACCAUGAUGGUCUACUGCUCAAUGGGGAGUUUGCGCUGCAAGCCUGCAACACCACCACACGAGCCACAGUAUUGACUUCGCUCCCGCUUGCUGAGCACCUCUGUCCUACAGUCAGGAGAGGGAAAUAACUAGAUAGCUGUCAUCUUGUUCUGAUAUCGGUUGCACAUUUAUUGUAGUGAUCACAGAAAAUGUACAAUUACGGCAUUAUCUACAUUGUUACCCCGAUUUAAAACAGAAUUACUUUGAUAUAAACUGAUUCUGAACUCUCCCAAGUUUCAAAUUCUCGUUGAAGUUUCUAGACGCAAGCAUAAACUAGUUAGCUGGGGAGGGCUCACUAGUAUGACUGACUGAACUGAAUCCAUUCGUCGACACUCAACUCUCGUUGCACCACAUAUGUCAUACAUUUUGGGCACCAGGCGUGUCCCUCUAGCCUCUCCCAGAACACAGCUAUUUUUUUAUCGAACAUGUUUGUAAUGCCAGUGGCCACUUUCUUUUUUUAAAUAUUUUGAUGGAAUGAUUAAAAAAAAUCAAAAACAGAACCAGAAAGAAAUCAGCAGGAAAAUUUUGCCCAAAUACUGUGACUGCAUUUGUGGAAAGCUACACCUUACUGCAGGGUAUCCCAAACUCAGUCAUCGGGACUCCAAGGUGUGCAUGUUUUUGUUUAUUUGCCCUAGCACUACACAGCUGAUUCAACCAAUCAGGCUUUGAUCUUUUGAAUCAGCUGUGUAGUUUAGUGCAGAAAACUAAGUGCACACUUUGGGGUCCCAAGGACCGAGUUUGGGAAACACUGCCUUACUGUAUCUAUGCAAUACCAGACUCCCUUCCCACUCCUGAGAAUCUGUGAUUUGGUUGGCUAGCUGAGCUGUGCUUGUGUUGCAUGUGCCACCUACAGCCAGCUACAAGGAUCACUACACUACUGUCCUAUCCACCUCGGUUUGUUGCCCUGAAGAGGAAUACGAUCUUCCAAUAUUACGGUUUCAAUAUUUUUGUACAGACCGGUCUGUCAUGUUAGGUCUUGGUUUGUUUCAGGAGGACAAUGAUCUAUUAGUUAAACUGUGGCCUUAAAUAUAUGUACGGAAGUUAAUCACUCACCUCUGAGUCAGAAGGAUAGUUGUGAAUGAUUAUAGGCUCUUAACAAUAGCAAAGCUCUUGUAGUGGUGCUUUGAGGCCUGGUGCUUCCAUUCCGCCAUGUGUUGCCAAGUCAACCAUGGGACAAGUAAAUCAAAUCUGACAGGAACAUAAAGUGCCAAAAAUAAAUUAGAAUUAUUGUUACUGUACAUUUCAUUUCCAGACAAUGAUUUACAGAAGCCUCCUGUUGUAGUGAUAUGCCUAGUAUUACUGCUUUACAAUAGUCCUGCAUUACUCUAGUGUAUUCUAUCAAAGGCUUUAGAAAAGCUAUGGACCAAAUAUGGUCGUUAAUGUGCCGCCUCCUAUUGAACAUUACUUUUUUUGCUCCAUCCUUAAAAUGUUUUCAGGAACAAGACACUGUCCCAGUCCAUCCCUUCCACCUUUUGUCUGGGUAGCAGUCAGAACCAUUCAACUCAAUAUCAGUAGGCAUAUGGGAAUAUGAAUAGACUCUAAAACCAUUUUUUCCAUUCUUGGGACUGAUUUAGACCUGGGACAGCAGGUGGGGGCAAUUCAUUAUCAGUUAGAACUGAACCAGCAGAAGCUGGACCUCGUAGGAUAAAAUUCCAUGAUCCACGAGCAGAUUGCCUCUGUAUGACUGUCUCUGUGCCCUGGUCUGGGAAAUAUUAUCCCUUAUGUUCCAGCACAUCCAACUGGAUGACUUCAGAUUUCACAAUGGCGCAGAGAUGUGAGAAAGUUGACGGACCCCCUUAACACUCGGCACUAUCAUCAAUACUGGAGCCAUUACCAUUACCUUCGUGGCAACUUUAAUGCUGUGUUUUCAACUCUCCUGCUUAGGCUGCUAUAAAUAUUUAAAGGCCUAUCUUUAGCUGAACUUGUGUUUCAAUAUUCAGGAGUUUGGCUCCUUUCAUUAUUGAAUAAGGUUCUCAGGAUAGCAAAAACACAAUUAAAGGGAACUAGCUUGUUUGUAUUGCAGUUGAAUGGUUUUGAGUUCUAGAAUUGCCAAAUUAAAAUACCGGUUUACAUUUGUCUUGUUUGAAAAAUAACAUUGUUAUAGAUUAAAAUGGUCAGGAAGUAUUAAAUAAAACAUUUGGUACACACACGCUCCCUGAGCUUGGCAGUAUCAUUGAUACCGGAUCAUUGCCAUUAUCUUUGUGGCAACAUUAAUGCUGUGUGUUUUCAACUCAUCUGCUUAAGCCGCGAUAAAUAUUUAAAGGCCUAUCUGUAGCUGAACUUGUAUUAUUCAGGAGUUUGGGUCCUUUCAUUAUUGAGUAAGGUUCUCAGGGAUAGUGAAAACAAAGGGAACUAGCUUAUUUGCAUUGCAGUUGGAGGGUUUUGUGCUCUAGUCGCCACAUUUAAAAGAACUGUUUACAUUUGUCUUAUAUGAAAAAUGUAUAGAUUAAAAUGGUCGUUUACAUUUCCUGUGCUGAAUCAUGGCAGGAAGUAUUUAAAAAAAACAUGGUCCAUAUAGGGGUUAAUGAACUAAUACAUUGUUUGGUAUUCUAAAUGGGCUACUUCCAAAUUAGGUCAGUCUGGAAUGACUGCUGACUGACAGAACAAUAUCUCCAUUUAAUGUUACCAUUACAUUUCUGCAACAUGCAAAACUAACUGCAUCAGUGUUGGAAUACUGCUGUUUUAGAUCUGUUUAUUUUUCUGUUGAUAAUUUUCUUUGUCUCCUUUCACUAUUGUUUCUUCACAUGGACUCAGUUCUAGCAAAUGGUUGAAGACUUUAAAGAAGUUUAUGUAAAGACAACCUUUGUCUUAUCCCAAAGCACUUCGUAUUGCGUAAACUGUCACACCUAUGCCAAGAAGUCAUUGUUGCAAUUUGUUGAUUUUCUGUGCCCAGCCAUAUGUACAGUUUUGCACCUUUUUGAAUAAGGACUUUGCAAAAAAAAUAAACUCAAACAUUUCCAAUA